CGAACAUGAAUUAUUUUUUUAUAAUAUAAUUUAUUUGUAUUUCUUCAUGGCCGACACGAAAUCCGGGAGAUAUGCUAGCUCCAGCAGCAGCAGUAGUGUUGUGCCCCUUGUUCAGGGGCCAGCCAAUCUCGAGUGCAAGGACUUUCAAGAGUAUCUUCGCACUCGGCAGACCCCCGAGACGCUGGAGAAACUAUACAAUUACCCUCCGAUUUGCCUAGCCGUCUUCCGGGAGCUGCCCGAACUAGCCAGACAGUUCAUAAUACGUAUUUUAUUCGUUGAUCAGCCGGUUCCACAAGCUGUGGUGACUUCUUGGGGGGCACAACGGUUUGCGAAAGAACAAACGAAUGCCACCAGCUGUCUCACUGCUCUAAAUGUUUGGCGGGUAACAGCGAUACCAGGCGGCCUAUCUGCAUGGGAGCUGUCCCCUACAUUCAAGAAAAGCGUCCGCCAGGUUCUUUUGGGCGGCGGCAAGCCAUGGCCAAUGACCAAUACGCUGGAGAAAGACUCGAAGCCGCGUGAUAUAGCCUUCCUGGACUCCUAUGCCAUGUCCCGAUGGCGCUGUGUGCUUCAUUACAUGGUGGGCACUGGAAAUCGUAAUGGCACCGAUGCAGAAGCUAUCAGUCCGGACGCAGUGAGGAUUCUACUCCAUGCAAAUCUCAUGAAGCGCGACGAACGAGACGGCAUUACAAUAACCCGCCAAGGAUUUCAGUUUCUGCUGCUGGAUACACGCGCACAGGUGUGGCAUUUCAUGCUCCAGUAUUUGGAUACAUGCGAAGAGCGGGGAAUAUCUCUGCCAGAAUGCCUUUCUAUGCUGUUUCAGCUCAGUUUCUCCACCCUCGGAAGAGAUUACAGCUCAGAGGGAAUGAACAACCAAAUGUUGACCUUUCUGCAGCAUCUACGCGAGUUUGGUUUGGUUUUCCAGCGCAAACGGAAGGAGGGCCGAUUUUAUCCGACACGGCUUGCCCUAAACGUCACUAGCAAGGAAGUGGCAACCACAAUGACAGUGUCCGAGGAGGAGGCCAUGCAGGACAGUGGCUACAUUGUAGUAGAAACGAACUAUCGGGUCUAUGCCUACACGGAUUCUCCUCUCCAAGUGGCGGUCCUUGGCCUGUUUACCGAGUUGUUGUAUCGCUUUCCCAACUUGGUCGUUGGCGUGCUCACUCGCGAUUCUGUGCGUCAGGCACUGCGCGGCGGCAUCACUGCAGAACAGAUUGUCUCCUAUCUUCAGCAGUACGCACACCCCAACAUGAAACUAGUGGAGUCGGCAAUCCAAUCAAAGUCCUGCCUUCCGCCAACUGUUGUGGAUCAAAUCAAACUCUGGGAGUUGGAGCGUAACCGGUUCACAUACACGGAGGGGGUGGUCUACAAUCAAUUUCUAUCCCAGAACGAUUUUGUGACGCUGCGCGACUAUGCGCAGUCGAUCCAUGUCUUGGUCUGGCAGAAUGAACGCACACGCACCAUGGUGGUGCAGAAACAUGGCCACGACGAUGUCAAACGCUAUUGGAGGAAAUAUUCCAAAGGCUGCGGCUAGCCGCACACAGUACUAGUUUUCAGAAAAAAAUCUUCUAAGAUAAAAGGGAUACACAUCUUAGAUACGAUAUACGUACAUAUAAUGGUUUACAUGUAUAAAAGAACGCACAUACAGCUAAUGCACACAAA